GAGAUGAACAUCAGCACAAUGAAGACUGUACAAGAUUAGAAUUGGAGGAUAUUCAGAAAGAGAAUUUUUUAUGAGUGUGUGAAGGUCAUCAAAAGAACAUGGAAAUAGACGUGAAGAAAAAUGUAUCAGCUCAAGAACAAAAAAAUAUUCUAGACAAUAGUGCUUUUGAGGAUGAGUUUGAAGACUGCAGCACACACUUCCAAAUGUCCCACAAAGAUGAAAACAGCUCGGAAUGCAGUGAUGGAGAAUGGUCUACAGCUCUGCCUAUCUGUUUUACUGCUCCAGAAAAGGACCAGUCCUCGAGUGAUGAGAGCUGGGAGACAGUCCCAGGCAGGGAAGAGCAUGAGCCUGAAGUUCAGAGCAGCAGCAGUGAUGUAGAAGAGAACACAGACAUCUCUUGCCAAGGAGGAGAACAAAUAUUAUUGGAGGAAGGAGAGAUUCCUUGGUUACAGUACCAAGAAGAAGUGGAAAGUAGCAGUGAUGAGGAAGAUGAUCCAGUUAAUGAUUUUGUGCAUCCUGGAUUCUUCCUGUUGGAUGGGAAUAACAACCUUGAGGAUGACUCCAGUGUGAGUGAAGACCUGGAUGUGGAGUGGAGGCUACUUGAUGAGUUUGGUGAUGGGCUAGGACUUGUUCAAGCUAUUCAUUAUGUGGAUCUUCAGUUUCUCACAUUCAUGGCAAUAGAGGGACACUUGCAACAAGCUAUGGAGGCUGAUCUGGAGCAGUUGGAGGCUCUUGAAUUUGAAGCUGAACAGCCUCAUCCACCAGCUACUAAAGAAACCAUAGACAGUCUACCAGAGAUUGUGGUUAUGGAUGACCACAAUGGCCAAGACCAGUGCUGUAUUAUCUGUUGCAAUGAAUAUGUGGAGGGUGAAAUCAUAACACAGCUACCCUGUCAUCAUGUGUUUCACAGAUAUUGUGUAACUCUGUGGCUACAGGAAUCAGGAACAUGCCCAGUUUGCCGUCAUGUGCUCUCACCUGUGCUUCCUGAAGCUGCAGUGGCCAUUGAUCCCUAUGUCUGAUAACGACACAGCACCUUCUGUUAAUGCACGACAUUCAAACCAGGGUCUGAAAUUAAGUCUCUGCUGCCAAAAUUAAAUGUCUACUUAGCCUGUUUAAUUACAAUGUGAAAACAACUAUAUAUAAACUUCUACAUGUAAAAUGCUGUCUGUGGUAUAUUUUUUAGUUUAGAAGGAGAACAGAAGACUUUCUAAACUCUCUAGGUUUACAAUUGUACCUUAAAUUUUUAAAUUUCGAAUUAGAAGAUUAUUCAGGCUCUUUUCUAGGCAUAACAUUGCUGGUAGCUGUGAUGUCUAAGCUUGUAUUACAAUUAUUUUAUUUUUCCCCAAGGAGAUUAUUAAUGGGGCACUUUGUUCAAGUUUUUUGCAGCUGAAGUGAAGUUGCAGCAUACUGAAGUUA